UUUACACGUAGGAGGGGUAUACAUCUACUUCGUCUGCCACGUUUCAUCUUUCAAUCAGCUAAUCUCUGACCUUGUAUCAUGGAGGCAUCUUUCAAAGAGAAGAAGCUGUUCACGCCUGGCCCGUUAUGCUGCUCCCGAAGUGUGAAGGAGGCCAUGCUGGUGGACGUAGGAUCUCGCGACUCCUACUUCGUCUCCUGCGUCAAGGAGAUCCGCCAGCGACUCCUGGAAAUUGCCCAACUGAGUGAGGCGGAGUACACAGCUAUACCGCUUCAGGGAUCAGGCACCUACUGUGUUGAGGCGGUCCUGCAGACGACUUCCCCUCGACAAGGUGCCAAGGUGUUGGUCUUGGCCAACGGGGCUUAUGGGCGUCGCAUGGGCCAGAUGUGCGCGUGGGCGGGGUUGGAGGUGCGACUGGAGGAAUUUCCUGAGGAUCAGCGCCUCGACUUGGCCAAGGUGGAAGCCCUUUUGCGGAACGAGUCCUUUACCACAGUGGCGGUCGUCCACUGCGAGACUUCCACAGGAAUCAUAAAUCCUGUCGAAGACGUGGCUCGCCUCGUGGCUUCGCUCCAGCCUGGAGCGGCUAUGGUGGUGGACGCCAUGAGCAGUUUCGGCGCAGUGCCCUUGGACAUUAGCGGAUCAGGUAUCGAUUACGUGGUCUCUUCUGCCAACAAGUGCCUGGAGGGCGUCCCCGGCUUUUCCUUUGCCAUCUGCAGGACCAAGCAUCUGCUCUCUUGCAAAGGGAACUGCCGCGUGCUGAGCCUGGACUUGGUGGAUCAACACUCGGCCCUUGAACGCUCGGGUCAGUUUCGCUUCACUCCCGCCACGCACGCUAUGCUGGCCUUCAGACAAGCUCUUCGGGAGUAUGCUUCGUCGGGAGGGCUCGAGGGGCGGGCCAAGAGAUAUCAGGAGAACCGCAGCAUCCUGAGGGUGGGGAUGAAACGCCUCGGCUUCAGGGAACUACUGAAGGAGGAAGAUGCCGGUUACAUCAUCACGUCGUUCCACUUUCUCCAACACGAACGCUUUGAUUUUCCGAAGCUUUAUUCCAGGCUUUCGGACAAGGGCCAGGUGAUCUACCCCGGGAAGGUGACCAACGCCGACUGCUUCCGAAUCGGCAACAUCGGUCACCUUUUCCCCGACGACGUGAGGACCUUCUUGGGACACCUGGAGGACGUCUUGAAGGAAAUGGGGCUGCCGGUGCCUCUUCCAUAGUCAGCUGGUGCCCUUCUUCAUACCCUGUCUGAGUCACCCUGCCAUAUUCUGCCAUACUCAGCCCCUGCCGUGUUCAAACCCCUUCCAUAUCCAGUCACUGUUCAUAUAAAAGACCCUUUGUUAUUGGUUAAAAACUGAUAAAAGACAUUUGUUCUUUGUG